GAGAUCAAAUUUAACCAUAAGCUAUUUUGCCUGCACUACCCAACUGGAUACACAAGGACGAUUUAUGAUGUCCGCUUAGCGCGUUAGCCUGCCAACGCAAAACCUAGUGUCAUAUGAUGACAUAAAAGAUAUUAACUAAAACAAAGACCAUAUGUACUACCUAACACGUCGAAGACUAGCCUGCGUCACAGAGGUAAUCGUAAUCCGUUAGUAACGUCUGCGAAGCAGUGCCGAGAUACUUGUUCUGGGCGCCCAACGGACAAAAGAAUUAUCGGAAGUGAGUUGCGAAUUUCCCCUCAUCCUGAUUGGCAAUUCGACAACGGCUUUUUUAAGUUGCUAAUCAUGGCGCUAACUCAAUUCCUGGUACACAGAUGGGGGCCCAGAACAUAGAUUUCGGCUCUGUUUGGCUGACUUUACUAAUCGGAGUUUUAUUGCGCGUGCGACGCAGGCUCGUCGAAGGCUGGCCGUAGAAUGUCAUACACAGGUAACGGCUGCAAGUAUCAACACUAUCCCCAAAUACACUGCACGCUUCACACCCAUCACCAGACCCCUGAUAUGAACCUGUAAAAUGGUAAUUUAUGCGAUUGUCACAAACUAUGUCUGGUCGGAGUUUUGAAGACGUUAUCACCAAAUGGACCAUUGCUAGUGAAACCAUUACUUUUUUCUCUUCUCCUCGCUCUCUUUUUUUUUGCCUUAAGUUUCCUUUUCCUUCGUUAGUGUGAUGUUGGAGUUUCUUGGGCUUAAGAAACCUGCCUUUUGACGCCUUUUCACUCAAAUGACUGCAAAUUUCGUUAGGUUGGUCUUCAAAAAAUCGGUUAGAUGUUUUUUCAGAGAGAUUGUCAAUCUUUCCAUGGGUAUCCCGAAUUGAACAUGUACUAUUUCCUUUCAAAAACGUGGUCACCAUUCGUUUUCACUGACACCAGCAUCAUAUGUUAUUCUUGCUGUCUGUCGUGAGAUUUUAGUACUCAGUUUUUCAUUUGUGGAAAAAAACCUGUAAGAAUAUUCCAGAAAGUGUAAGAGGGCUAUUUUUGCGAGGCGAUGCGUCCUAACAAUGUAGGUACAACCAAUGUAGUGGCUGCGCAAACCAAACUGAAUUGAAAUUUCUAUCGGCAGUACAGUUAGGAAGCAAAUGUUACAUAGUACAAAAGAAAAGCGAUUGUUGUUAUCUGCUAACUCGUAAUUGUUUUUUAGAUCCUGAAACAAGGUUCUGCACCAACAAGCUUCCUGGAGAGCUACAUUAAGCAAUAUGUUGCCUGUAAAUUGGAGCCGAAAACUCCCGGAUGUGAAUUAAUCUUGAAUCCCAUCAAAACGAAUAUGGAAAGCAAUGCAGCUCUGAUGCGGGCUUUCCCCAAGCAGCCUUACUCACGAAGGCUCUAUGUAUAA